AAAUCUAGAGUCAGGCAAACAGUGACAUGUCACUGAACUGCUAGGCUUUUGAUUUUUGGUUGAACCAUGACGAGCGUGUGGCGUCGACUGCAGCUCCGAAUCGCUGGCACCACACCCGCACGGCGCUUUCAGGAGGAGGCCGAUGUGGGCGUCGCUGCCGUGCUGAGCUGUUUCCGAAGCUUGAAGCUUGACCCACAGAACGACAACAAAGAGCACGAGGAGCUGUUCGACCAGGCCGUGGAAAUUGUCGGCUCAAAGAAGUUCGAGCAGCAGAAGCAGUAUGUGCAAGACGAGGUUACCAAACAGGUCCAGAGUUGCUUCGAGGCGGUGUUGAAAAUGCCCAAGGACUCGGAGAAGAGCGCUCCCAAAAUGUCACUGUCCGGGUUCGAGCGAAAUAAUGAAGUAGAGGAAAAGCUUGGAAUCACGGACAACUUCCAAAAACUCUUCGGAUUUACCUUAAAUGUGGAAGAGUCCAGCGUUCCUGGUGCUGGCGAAGGCGUGAAGCUUCGUGGUUCUGCUCCUAUUGGGUCAUUAGUGGCCCUGUAUCCUGGCAUCGUCUACUUACCAGAGCACUACAAAAAGAAACACCACCUGAGCGAGUUAACAAACAACCCCUAUGCCCGUGCUCGCUUUGAUAGUGUUAUCAUUGACGCCAAAAAAGAGUCAUCGAACCCAAGAAACCCGCUUGCUGUUGCGCACAAAAUCAACCAUCCUCCCAGCGGAACAUCUCCGAACGUGCUUGGCUUCGCCUUUGAGUUCCCUCCCGAAGAGCCAUUUACGACGAAGGAAUACGAUGAGCUCAUUCCGAAUAACUUUGUGCAAGAGCCCUCUCGUCUCUCCAUGUUUGGCAAACGCGCUAUUGUGCAUGGCCUCGCAUUCAUUGCCACGGCGGACAUUGCCGAUGAAGAGGAGUUGUUCCUCAACUACCGAUACAACCCAGACCGCCCAAUGCCCGAGUGGUACGCGCCUGUAGACGUCGAUAGUGAUCGCGCGAUGUGGAAAUAACUAAACAAUCGCUGGGAUUUUGCCAACACCUGAAUCCGAUAAGAAGAAAGUAAUGCGUUGACAUGCUUAAAUGGUGAAUUUGAGCUGGAUGCAGCCACAGAACGUAUCUCCACUGGCCUUGCCUACGGUAGUUUUGUACUUGCGACCUUAUGCGUUAAUCUUGAGAUUGCCUCGGCUUCACCGCCUGUGCUUACUUAGGAAACUCCGCAUUGUUGGACAGAAUAAUACCAACGAUGACUCCGAAGAUGCCCAGCGCACUGGCGAAAAUCUCCACAAUCAAGAUCGUCACGUAAAGUGCCGCAUUCUGAGCAUCGGCUAGC